CCAACGCUUACCUGGGGCAACCAGGAGUCGAUAUGGCCCCUGUCUUACUCAGCGCUGGAAGCAGUUCCAACAGAAAUAAUCCAAUACCUAGCUAAGCACAAAAGAGACUUCUCAGCAUGGGAGAAACACCUGAGGUAAUUGUUUACUAAUUACACCCAGGCUGAACAUUAUUGAUGACUUUAUCAAAAGUAUGAUCCAACCGUUUGAAGAAGAAAAGUAUGUAAGUGCUCAUACAUUACCAUUUUAAUGUGCAGUGUCACUACAAAAUUGUGAAGAUGUUUGCUAAGUCUAAAUAUUGGUCUGCUCUAAAAGCUUGCAUCGAUACAGUAGAUUUGGCUCUGAGCUCCUAUCAAGUGCAGGAAAUGCUCCUCCCAAGUGAAAAGUGACAUACACACAUCCACCCACAUAUACAUGUAUGCUACACACAUUACAACUGCUGCUACCAGACUCUUAUUAUGAUUGCUAAAUACAGCACAAUUUAAACACUUGACCCACAAUUCACCUUCCACAAAACAAGUGUACAUUCUGGACUAUAAAUUGUGCUUUCCUGUAUUAUACUUAUGCUAAAAUGUUCUUAUCUUUGAUUAUUUCUUAUUAUUGUUGCAUUAUCCAGAAGGAACCUGCAAGUAAGAAUUUCGAUGGACAGUGUAUACCAUGUGUAUCCCGUACAUAGGACUAAUAACACUUGAAACUUGAAAAUGAUGUUCAGGGUAUUUGCUAAUUUCUUGCAUCCUCAUUGGAGAUGACUGCUCCAGAUACAGUACAUCCAUUCUAAUUAAGGAGAUACAGUGGGGGAAAAAGUAUUUAGUCAGCCACCAAUUGUGCAAGUUCUCCCACUUAAACAGAUGAGAGAGGCCUGUAUUUUUCAUCAUAGGUACACGUCAACUAUGACAGACAAAAUGAGAAAAAAAAAUCCAGAAAAUCAUAUUGUACGAUUUUUAAUGAAUUUAUUUGCAAAUUAUGGUGGAAAAUAAGUAUUUGGUCAAUAACAAAAGUUUCUCAAUACUUUGUUAUAUACCCUUUGUUGGCAAUGACACAGGUCAAACGUUUUCUGUAAGUCUUCACAAGGUUUUCACACACUGUUGCUGGUAUUUUGGCCCAUUCCUCCAUGCAGAUCUCCUCUAGAGCAGUGAUGUUUUGGGGCUGUCGCUGGGCAACACGGACUUUCAACUCCCUCCAAAGAUUUUCUAUGGGGUUGAGAUCUGGAGACUGGCUAGGCCUCUCCAGGACCUUGAAAUGCUUCUUACGAAGCCACUCCUUCGUUGCCCGGGCGGUGUGUUUGGGAUCAUUGUCAUGCUGAAAGACCCAGCCACGUUUCAUCUUCAAUGCCCUUGCUGAUGGAAGGAGGUUUUCACUCAAAAUCUCACGAUACAUGGCCCCAUUCAUUCUUUCCUUUACACGGAUCAGUCGUCCUGGUCCCUUUGCAGAAAAACAGCCCCAAAGCAUGAUGUUUCUACCCCCAUGCUUCACAGUAGGUAUGGUGUUCUUUGGAUGCAACUCAGCAUUCUUUGUCCUCCAAACACGACGAGUUGAGUUUUUACCAAAAAGUUAUAUUUUGGUUUCAUCUGACCAUAUGACAUUCUCCCAAUCCUUUUCUGGAUCAUCCAAAUGCACUCUAGCAAACUUCAGAUGGGCCUGGACAUGUACUGGCUUAAGCAGGGGGACACGUCUGGCACUGCAGGAUUUGAGUCCCUGGCGGCGUAGUGUGUUACUGAUGGUAGGCUUUGUUACUUUGGUCCCAGCUCUCUGCAGGUCAUUCAAUAGGUCCCCCCGUGUGGUUCUGGGAUUUUUGCUCACCGUUCUUGUGAUCAUUUUGACCCCACUGGGUGAGAUCUUGCGUGGAGCCCCAGAUCGAGGGAGAUUCUCAGUGGUCUUGUAUGUCUUCCAUUUCCUAAUAAUUGCUCCCACAGUUGAUUUCUUCAAACCAAGCUGCUUACCUAUUGCAGAUUCAGUCUUCCCAGCCUGGUGCAGGUCUACAAUUUUGUUUCUGGUGUCCUUUGACAGCUCUUUGGUCUUGGCCAUAGUGGAGUUUGGAGUGUGACUGUUUGAGGUUGUGGACAGGUGUCUUUUAUACUGAUAACAAGUUCAAACAGGUGCCAUUAAUACAGGUAACGAGUGGAGGACAGAGGAGCCUCUUAAAGAAGAAGUUACAGGUCUGUGAGAGCCAGAAAUCUUGCUUGUUUGUAGGUGACCAAAUACUUAUUUUCCACCAUAAUUUGCAAAUAAAUUCAUUAAAAAUCCUACAAUGUGAUUUUCUGGAAAAAAAAUUCUCAAUUUGUCUUUCAUAGUUGACGUGUACCUAUGAUGAAAAUUACAGGCCUCAUCUUUUUAAGUGGGAGAACUUGCACAAUUGGUGGCUGACUAAAUACUUUUUUUCCCCACUGUAUCUAUUGGUUAGGUUCAGAACCUGUAUUAGAUGACCUACUUACUGUUUUGUUUCUCAGCUGUCAAGCUAAAUGUGUAAGGAACAUUAGACCAAUAAUUCUAUCAAAGUUCUUUUCAGGAAGCCCUUCCUUAUUAAAUAAGCAAUUUAUUGAAUUGAAAAAGGCAGCAAUUGCCAGCAAGUGAGAACGAAUGGCCAGUUUGGCCACAGGCAAGCUGUCAUCAUUGUUUCUGUGCUCAUUGAAUUCAUGGUUUAAUAUGCUGCAGAAAAACUAUGCUCAAGUGUUCCAAGUGGUUGUAGUUGCACCACAUAACGUUGCCUGGCUACCCAGACUCCUUGCUCCGGACAAACGCUACACUACGCCCACGGACGUUAGUUUCUUCUCUGCAAUGAGUCUGGAUCUGAGUACCUCCCCGACCCUUCACCGAAUGCGAACACAUUUGUGGCUGUCUGAUUGGUCCAGAAACCAAUGGGUUGGGCCAGAGUCAGAACACACGUGGGUUAAGCGUGAUUGGGCCAAUCGCUGAUGACUUUGUUUUGUACAACGCCCCUCGUGCCCCUCAUCACCACAAAUGACUUUAAUGAUGGCAGUCUGACAGAUUGACAGUGCAGCGGAAUAAUUUAGUGUGAGUCGUCAGACUACCACAUAACCCUACUAGAUAAUUGGAGACAAAUAUUUGACAUUCUUCAAAUGUGCAGUUUAUGACUAAACCAUUAAGUCUAAAUGAGAUUACGGAGAAAGUGAAUUUAGUUCCCUGGGUGCUGCCUGUAGGCAAGAGAGGUGGCAUGUCACACUCACAAUGUGUCAUGAUCCAUAUCUCACUUAAAACUAAAUCAGUCUUUAUUGACAUGUUGUUCAGGGUCAACAGAGUCAGAUCUGUCUAUUCACCCCUCUAAAAUACUUGCAUCAUUAGUGAUGCAUUUAACCCUUCCAUUUGUCCAUUGAAAGAGGAUGAUAUGUAUUUUCCCUCUGGCAUAAUGAGACAUCCUUUAGCCCAAAGACAUGGACAGUAAUUGCUCAUAUUUUCCUGCAGGAAAGAGGAGGUGAGCUCCUCCAGGAAGACACUACGUCCUUCCUCCAAGAACGACCAGUACGAGCGCAUUGGCCACCUGUCAACACCCAAGACCAGGUCCCGAAGCUCCCAGGAAAUGGGGUAAAGUCCCGACGCUCCCAGGAAAUGUGGUAAAGUGGAAAACGUGACCCAAAAAAAACAUGCCCAGUCCAUGUUGUUAAAUACUAGAGUAUACGCAAGCAUGCUGCUUGGCCCAGAUCUAAAAUUAGCCUCCUUCUUGGACUAGGAAGCCAAUAUUUUGCUGUGUUAUUUCAGUAGCGAGCUGUGGCUCUGGGAGAGAGAGGAGACGAUGGUGAGACAAUAGGGGGUAUUGUCCAAAGCUCAGGCCCCUGGGACAUUCACAGACGGCCACAUAAGUAUUUUUAUAAAUCUUGAAGAGCAACAGCGCAUAUUUGGGCUCAAGCCUCCUAGAAAAGAUUCUCAGGCCCGCACACCGGAUCAAAUAUGAAAAACAAUAUGCCUGUUUGUUUUCAUAAUUCUGUGUCACACUCUCCAAUGGGCAUGGCCUGAAAAUAGGAGAGGUUUGAGGUCAGGGGGGAGGGCUAUGUUGAGGUGUUGGUUCCUGAUGCUUCACAUUGUUUAAUGGUGAUCCCACAUGUAGAAAUAGGAAUAUUAGAAUCUCUGUGGUUCCACAGGCCUACUCACACUUUGUGGUGUGAGUACAUCUGCCCUAUCUGGCACAUAGACCCCAGAGUGAACACUGCUGAGACCACUCCAUGGCUACUACAGCUAGCUAAUCCCAAAGGGAACCACCUCAACUUCAAAAGCAACAGGGAGGUAAGUGCCUAGAAUGAAAGGUGCUAUCUAGAACCUAAAAGGGUUCUUUGGCUGUCCCCAUAGGAGAAUCCUUUGAAGAACCCUUCAUGGUUCCAGGUAGAACCCUUUUGAAUUCCAUCUAGAACCCUUUCCACAGAGGGUUCUACCUGGAACCAAAAAUGGUUCUCCUAUGGGGACAGCCGAAGAACCCCUUUGGAACAAUUUUUUCUAAGAGUGUAUGUUAUUCAUUCAAAUCAGUGGAGUUCAAAGUGUUUUCAAAGGUGUACAUCACAGGUUUACAGUUGCUGUACCUUUGGAUAUUUAUAUAACUUAUUUAGAACUGCAGUUUCUUUGCCUUGAAGGCUUGAGGGCAUUUUCAAAACUCCAUGUUUGAUUGGGAAACCAUACAAAAGUCAGUGAUUCAUCUUUUCCUUCCUCUUUUUGUUUUAGUUUUUGAAGAAAGUGGAGACGUACAUUUCAUGUGCUGCCAAAACUGGCCAGACCACUCCCAGGCUGGACCAGCUCUCGCUACCCAAGUUGAGGGACAGUCAAAUGUCCAGAAGACUCCAUUUGGCUAGUGAGCACAUCGCCUUUACUGACAUCCACACAACAAGCUGGAAAACAAAUGUUACACAUUUGCACUAAUGUGUAACAUUACCUCAAUAUUGUUGUGAUGUGAGAUUUUUUAUUUUUGAUCAUUUGGAAAAAUGCAACGUAAAAAAAAUUGUAUGCUUUCAUAUAAUUUUUCUAGAUCCUUGGACAGGACUCUCUGAAACAUGCGUUCUCAACAGGUGUCAAGGGGAGCUCGGCAGGCUACAGCGACCUCACGCCUUCGAACUCUAUCAGCUCCUAAGGGACUUAAUAAGGACUACAUUCUUC